UCAAUUCGCGACGUAUAAUUAUGUUCGUGCAAAAAAUGGACGCGGCCGAGAAGCAAAAUGAUUUGGAACAAGAAUUUUGGAAAACUCUCGAGUUGCUUAUUAGUAAAGAUAAGAGACGAACGGAGAAAGACAUUUUGGAUGAUGUGCAAGAUUGGGUUGAUAAAAUCGUGAAUAAGCAAGCAACGACAGAAGAGGAUGGUGAUUCACGUUCACCAAACAGCAAAAAAUCGAGUGAGAGUUCUUCGGGAAGUGGAUCAAAGCACAUAAACAGCGUUGAGGCGCUUUUUAAAAACGCCGCCAUUCCCAAAGCCGACUGCAAGUUUAGUCAUCCCUACGUACGCUCGAGGUUGGAGAAGUUGAUGGGAUCCAACGUGGUCAAUCUCACGGAUCGAGAGUACAUGCAACUUCUCCAGGAACGCAUCUUAGAAAACUAUGCGAAUGAAAUGAACAAGAGAAUUGCCACAAGAGAGGCGGAAGAAAUGGAGAGAGUGAAGAAUUUGGUAUUAAUUGGACGAAUACCUUUGGAUGAAGCACCACCUGAAAUGGUCGAUCAUCCUGUGCGAUUAAUAGAGAUGCAUUGCAGGAGAUUAAUAGCGGAGAGGAGAGCUAAGAUUAAAGUACACAAAGGAUUUAUUCCCAAACAUCUCUACGUGGAUGAUACUCCGGAUCCUCCGUCUGGUUUGUCAAUUGAGGAGGGUCAUGUGUUUAGGAGUAAAAAUGAAAGGUUGUGCCACCCGCCUGCUUGUGUUUUAAGCAUUCCUGAUAAAGAGGACGUCAAACGCGGAUAUAUGUUUACCGAAGAAAACUACGCCAAGUUGAAUUUGGAGGGUUCUCUAAUACAAGAGCUGAGGAAAUCACAGACUGUCGAAGAAAUGUACCAGCUUGCUGAUAGAAUUAUGGGAAUAACGACACCAGAAGCUGAACAGUAAAACUAAGUAGGGUACACUUUAUAAGUGUUAUUGAUUCUUACCGUUGUAUAAACCAGUAAAUAAAAGUUGUAUUUAAGAAUUGUAUUUUUACCCAAUUUCUAUAAGAAAUUAUUUAUGUAAGCU